CGUAUGUACACCAGCCUCAUCAGCUUCAACGUGUAUGCAGUUUGUAUUAUGAAAUCUAGUGAUCCAUCCAUAUAUAGCGUCUCAUGGUACUGAAAACCUUAUCAGAUUCCAGUAAUUUUAUGGUGGACAGACUCAGAAUACUGUGCUUGCAUACAGUCUACUGGUGACUAGCAUGGAAGCUAAUGCUCAAACUCCUUCUAUAACUGCUCCUGAGAUACCAGGCUAAGGAAGCCAGAGUUGGCUGCUGUCAUGGGAAGUUGGUUAGACAGUAUCUGAAGGAAAAGUACUUAUAGUUUAAUUAAUAAAAUAGAUAACCUGCAUGCAGUAAUCUAUUGGGCUAUGAUGUCUAUGUUGAGAUGUCCACUGUAAGUUAAAAACUGAUGUUUCCUAGAGAAUUCCAUUGUAAGACUACAGAUGAUAGUUCUACAGUUUUGCUAUUCCUCUAAUGUAUAUAGGACCCUCUUGACCUUGCCAAAUAACAAGUAUUGGUCUAAUACCAGUUUUCAUUUUUUUGUCGUUACUAAGAAUUCAUUGAUGUAAUGUAUUGUCUACACACUGUAAUUAACAAUCUACCUUCAUUGUUUGUUAAAGGAUCUGGGUAAUUCAUGGAAAACUCCAACCAAACACUUCCAAAUCGGUUUAUCCUGAUUGGAUUAUCUACUGUCCCUCACCUCCAGAUUGCAGGGUUUCUUCUGUUCUUGGUGAUGUAUAUAAUUACAUUGGCAGGAAAUGGUCUUCUUCUCAUUACAGUGAGGAUCAGCCCAACGUUACACAACCCUAUGUACUUCUUUCUGAGUAAUCUCUCUUUCAUUGACAUCUGUUUCUCCUCUACCAUAGUUCCUGUAAUCCUCAUAAAUACUCUAUCCACAGACAAGAGUAUUUCAGUAGGUGGUUGUGUUUUUCAGAUGUUCUUCUCAUUAAUACUUGGGGCGGCAGAGUGUAUCUUACUUGCCGUCAUGGCAUACGAUAGGUUUGUGGCAAUCUGUAGACCAUUGCACUACAGCAGUAUUAUGAACAUGAGGUUUUGCAUUAUUUUGGCCCUAAUACCAUGGACUGUUGGUUUCAUAGACUCCUGCAUACAAGUUCACCUCACCUGGAGUCUUCCAUUUUGCAGGUCUCAUCAUAUCAACCAUUUCCUUUGUGAAAUGCCUCCUUUUUUAAGACUGUCCUGUAGAGAUCCUUGGCUUAAUGAGAUAGUAAUGCAUGUAGGAGCCGGGAUCAUUGUUUUAUGUUCUUUUCUCUUGACCUUAAUUUCCUAUGUUUUUAUUAUCUCUGCCAUUUUGAAGAUCCGUUCUUCACAAGGAAGACGUGCAGUUUUUUCUACAUGUACCUCCCACCUCAUUGUUGUCACACUCUACUUUGGAACCAUCAUGUCCAUAUAUCUUCAGCCUCCAUCUUCUCACUCUCCGGAAACAUCUAAAACUGUGUCUGUUCUCUAUACGGUGGUCACUCCGAUGUUGAAUCCCGUUAUCUACAGCAUAAGAAAUAAGGAAGUGAAAAACUGUAUAUUAAUAAAUGUAAAAAAACAGGCAAAAGUGGCUAAAACCAUUCUGAUGUGAGUUAUCAUACCUAAAAUUGCACAAACUAUAAUAAACAAAUGAGUUUUAUGAAAGGCGAACAUGCUCUGUUUGAUAGCAUGCAACUGUCACGCCUUGCCCUGUGAAUGUGCGGAGAUCUGUCAGACUAGCUGCACAUGUCUGACUUCUUUGAUUUGGGCUUGAGCUGGAUCCACCUUCCCUCAGGUGUACUGGGUUUCA